AUGGCCCCCACCACUAUCGCAACUCCUUAUGACUUCCCAAGAUUGAGAGUCUCGGUACAUCUUGAGGAUGAUACCAGAUAUCUUUCUCAAGAUGACACGGUCCCAGAGUUCUUUGAUGUCAAAUUCUGUCCCUACCAGCCGUUAGAUGCGAGACCUAUCUUUGCCGCUGUAAGCAAGAAGCAUAUUGUCGUCUGCCGCCUCACAGCAACUGCUGAUGACUCGAAUCCUUGUGAAAUAAUUAGCAUAAUUAGGGAUGAUGAUCCCGAGGCAAGAAACUACUAUUGCACCUGGACCAGAGAUGCCGCAACGGGAAAGCCGCUCUUGUGUUACGGCGGCGAAGAUGCGAAAAUAAAAGUAUACGACAUUAUCGAAGACAAACUUGUGAAUUGUCUAGUCGGCCAUGGAGGAGACAUUUGUGAUGUUGCUACGUCACCUAUCGAUCCACUGAUCAUCGCCUCGUGUUCGGAUGAUACAACUGUCCGUAUAUGGAGCUUGGAUCCGAAACAUGAAAAGCAGCCUUGCUUGUGUAUUCUCGGAGGCGAGGGCCACUAUUGGAAUCUUCUUACUCUGGCCUGGCAUGACACUGGCCGAUAUAUCCUCUCGGCCGGCCACGAUCAAAUAAUCAACCUGUGGACUGUACCAGACCUCCCAAUCGACCCUACAGAUCGCCCAGUUGAGGUUCACUACCCUCACUUUUCCACCUCUGAGGUGCAUAGUAGUCUGGUGGACUGUGUUGCAUUUUUCGGCGACUACGUCCUAUCCCGAGCCUGCCAUGAUGACGUUAUCGUCCUGUGGAAGAUUGAGGGUUUCUCAUCCCUAGACCCGCCGCCGCCGCAGUCCAUGGCUCCCACAACCAUCAACCCAGGCAACCUAACCCGUUCAGCAUUUAACCCGGGAGUUUCGACAGAAUGCCCGGCGCCAUACACUCGUCUCAUUGAAUUUCACACACCUGGUUGCGGCCCGCAGUUCUUCAUGCGGUUUAAGCUACAUUUCGUCCCAGACCAACAUCCCAUCCUCGCUUUCUGCAAUGCCAAUGGCAAGAUCUUCUUCUGGGAUUUCGAACAAAUUACAGGCUUCAAUGACUAUGUCAAGGAUAUGAAAAAAAAGGACCUCAAUGCCACUUUGGAAAAGCCAAACUGGCUCAGCGCUAUUGUCCACCGGAGUCAUGGAGGCGCCAAAGCGGAGCCGACUGUCAGAGAAAAGAAGGCGGCGGGGAAGAUGUAUCAAACGGACCUCGAGCAGACACCUGCUUUCGCUAAUACAUACAACAAGGAGACGUUGCAGACGUGGGAUAGCAAGUACAACGUCAAGAACCCCCAAAUUCCUCUGAGAGCCCACAAGGUUGAGAAUUUUGGAGCCUCAACUUUUGUUGGCAGGCAGGUCGCUUGGAGUCCGGGAGGUGAAUGGUGCGUUGUGGUGGGUAGCUCCAACUUCGCUUUAGUUCUACAACGAUGGGCACCUAAACGGGAAACAUGA